AUGCCCUCUGACUCCGGGAUGGGGUUUGAGGUCUCGAGAGCCACAUACGCAUGGCCCGGGCUCGACCUUAACGCAGACUUCCUCGAUGAUAGUCUCUGCUCUGUUGGCCCCUGGUCGGAUGCGGUAAUGACGUCGUCAUCUGUUAAUCUCCGAUCCAUCACAUCCAGCCCGCCAUACACUAGGCUCACGGCAGAGGAGUGUGAACUGAAAAGACAACGAGACAUGGCCCGGAGGAAUUCGAAAAUAUCGCUACGCUCAUACAGAGCCAUGAGCGACUACCGCGCUUCACAUUCACCCCCACUACCGAUGCACGAGUUCAACGCGGGCCCGAGCAUGGCAGUCUACACAUCCUCGCAGCCGCAGCUCUCGCUACUGCCCGAACCAGUCACGACGCUGCCUGGCGUGUCGACAUCGUCAUGUACAGCAUCGCCGUCCCUUUCAGACCAGCAAUCAGCCAUCAGGGACAACUCUGGAUACGUGUCUUCAUCACCCCCUCCCUCAUAUUCACACAGCCACGGUGCGCUCGCAUCACAAUACCGGCCGCCUCCAGUCCAGGACCACCAUGGCAUGAUGUACCCAGUUUAUUCUCCCAUGCUCCAAGUCGGCGGUGGGCCACUGCCUUCGGCGAUCGGCACUACAGCCUCAGAGCCGGGCCACGUACGAGUCGUCCAGGCACGGCCCAAGCAGCAGUGCUGGGAGCACGGGUGCAACGGCAGGCCGUUCACCACACUCAGCAACCUGCGCAGACACCAAAGGGAGAAGUCUGCCCAGGCUCCCAAGUCAUCCUGCCCCAACUGCGGAGCGGAGUUCACAAGGACAAGUGCUCGUAAGGUACACGGCCUGCACGACAAGUGCAAGGCGCGCAAAACUUCCCCGUAA